AUGGGUUCGAUCUACCGAUCGGAGCACAUGAAAUUGUGCCAAAUCUUCUUUCAAUCUGAGUCUGCUUAUCAAUGUGUUGCCGAAUUGGGAGAGCUUGGAUUGGCUCAAUUCAUUGAUUUGAAUGAGGAACAGAAUUCGUAUCAGAGAAAGUUUGUGAAUGAAGUGAGAAGAUGUGAAGAGAUGGAUAGAAAGAUCACAUUCGUCGAGGAAGAAAUCAAAAAGGACGAAGUCGCAAUUCCGGAUUACGAUGACCAUAUCCCAGCUCCACAGCCAAAACAUAUGGGAGAAAUGGAAGCAAAUUUGGAGAAACUCGAAGAAGAACUUGUUCAAAUCAACAAGAACACCAAGGUUCUCAAGACGAAUCACAUCCAGUUACUUGAGAUGAAAGCUGUUUUGGAGCAUGUCACUUCUCUGCUCGAUCAUCAGAGCAAAAGAGAAGCAGCUAUGUCGAUUUCAGAGGCUGCUCGUGGAGAAGCUGGACCACUCAGUUUCGGAUUGAAACAAGAGUUCGAUAAGCCAGUCAGAGAUGAGAAUGAGUUGAAAUUCGUGACUGGAGUCAUUAAGCGAAACAAGAGUAUUGCAUUCGAACGUUUCCUCUGGAGACUCUCUCGUGCUAAGGUCUUCGCCAAAUUCGUUGAAAUCAAGGAGAAAACCGACGUCUUCUCUCAUGACUACGAAGACAAAUGCGUCUUCAUUUUGUUCUUCUCCGGUGAACAACUUCGUUCCAAAGUCAAGAAGAUCUGUGAUGGAUUCCAAGCCAAGUGUUACACAGUUCCAGAGAAUCCAGCAGAGAGAACCAAGUUGUUGAACAAUAUUAAACUUCAAGCAAAUGACAUGAAAGCUGUCAUUGAGAAAACUUUGGAGUACCGUACAAAGUGUAUCAGUGCUGCAGCUGGAAAUUUGAGAAAAUGGGGAAUCAUGCUCCUGAAGCUCAAGUCAAUCUUCCACACUCUCAAUAUGUUCUCAGUUGAUGUCACUCAAAAGUGUUUGAUUGCCGAGUGUUGGGUACCAGAAGCUGACAUUGUUCAAGUGAAGAACUCUCUCCAUAUGGGAACUAUUCAUUCGGGAUCAACUGUUCCAGCUAUUCUCAACGAAAUGGAGACCGAGAAGUAUCCACCAACCUACUUCAAACUCAACAAGUUCACUCAAGGAUUCCAAAAUAUUGUGGACGCCUACGGAAUCGCCAGUUACCGUGAAGUCAACCCAGCCCCAUGGACAAUUAUCUCUUUCCCAUUCCUCUUCGCCGUCAUGUUCGGAGAUGCUGGACAUGGAAUUAUCAUGUUGAUUGCUGCCUCUGCAUUCGUUAUUUUUGAAAAGAAAUUGAUCUCGAUGAAGAUUAAGGAUGAGAUCUUCAACACUUUCUUUGGUGGUCGUUACGUCGUUUUACUCAUGGGAAUGUUCGCAAUCUAUACAGGAUUCAUCUACAAUGACUUCUAUUCCAAAUCAAUCAAUAUGUUCGGAUCCAGCUGGCAGAAUCCAUAUCCAAAAUCUCUUUUGGAACAAAUGGAUGCUCAAGGAGUUGAGUCUGGAAAUGAGUUGUCAUUGACAUUUGCACCAGAGGAUGCCUUCAAUCAUGCUUAUGGACCAUACCCAUUCGGAGUUGAUCCUGUCUGGAAUUUGGCAAUCAACAGAUUGAACUUUUUGAAUCCCAUGAAAAUGAAGACUUCAAUCCUUCUUGGUAUCUCUCAAAUGGCUUUCGGAAUUAUGCUCUCUCUUAUGAAUCACAUCGGAAACCGAUCAGUCGUCGACAUCGUCUUCGUCUUCAUUCCACAAUGCUUGUUCCUUGGAUGCAUUUUCGUCUAUCUCUGCCUCCAAGUCAUCAUGAAAUGGAUCUUCUUUUAUGUUAAACCAGCAAUGGUUUUCGGAAAAUUCUAUCCAGGACCAAACUGUGCACCAUCCCUUCUUAUCGGUCUUAUCAACAUGUUCAUGGUUAAGAGCAGAGAUCCAACAUUCGCUUAUGACUUCAACAACGGAAAAGGAAAAAUCACCGCUAUGAACUUUACACUCAACGGAAAACCAGUUACCUAUACAGACUAUGAUCAAUGUUAUCUCCAGCAAUGGUAUCCAAACCAAUCGCUCGUUGAAGUUAUCCUUCUCCUUAUUGCUGUUAUCUCUGUCCCUGUUAUGCUUCUUGUGAAACCAUUCUACAUCCGCUGGAGACACGGACGUGGACUUCCAAUUGAUUUGGGACAUGGGCCAGAUGAUCAUGGAGAGUUCAACUUUGGAGAUAUCAUGGUUCAUCAAGCUAUUCACACUAUUGAGUUCGUUCUUGGAUGCGUCUCUCACACUGCUUCAUAUCUCCGUCUUUGGGCUCUUUCUCUUGCUCACGCUCAACUUUCUGAUGUCUUGUGGACAAUGGUUCUCCGAAUGUCAUUGACAAUGGGUGGAUGGGGUGGAUCAGCAGCAGUCACCAUCAUUUUCUAUUUCAUUUUCUCGAUUCUUUCCGUUUGUAUUCUCAUUCUUAUGGAGGGUCUCUCUGCAUUCCUUCACGCGAUUCGUCUUCAUUGGGUCGAGUUCCAAUCGAAAUUCUACGGAGGAACUGGAAUUCAAUUCGAGCCAUUCAGUUUCACAAAGAUCAUUCGUGUCUACGAGGGACUUGAUCAGUGA